AUCCAACACUGGUUUUCCUCUUCCUCUUUAUCCAUGUUAAUUUAUUAAUGGCCUAAUUAAACCUUUAAAACAUUGCCGUGCUCAUUAUGAGAACUGCCCUAUAUCACCGUGCACUGCUCCGGGAAACGUUUUGUUCCUUGCGGGUACACGCGUAGCUGUCAAUCAAACUGAUGACGUGGACGCGCAUAUAAAAGCAGGAGCUCGCGGGAGCUCACUGAAGUCCAUGUCCAGAGCGCACAGAAGCAGGUGGAUGUAUCCAAUGAACAUAAAACAGAUCUGUCUGUCUUCAAUGUGUCCAGUGAUGGACCAAGUCAUGCAGCACCAGACGCGCGCUCUGCCCGGCGGCACCAGCACACCUAGCGUCCUGCUCGCGUACAAAAACGCGACGCAAAGACUCGGCGCGAGCGGGUUCAAAGUCAGCGCGCUCUCCAAAGCAGGAAUGGGCAUCCUGAAGCUGGCCACGACGCAGCUAAAACAGCAGGAGAAGAAGGCGAGGGUGGUGCGCGCGUCCAGUCAGGGAAAAGCGCAUCCACCUAUUGACAAAAAGUCUCCUUUGGAUCAACUGGCUGCACUGGUUUUGCACGGCCACGCGCGUCUACAGCCCAUCGCGCACGAGUCGCACGCCACCAAACCGCAGAACUGCAGGCGCAUAGUGGUGCUCGGCGCGCCGCGCGUUGGGAAGACCUCCAUCCUGCGCCGGUUCCUGCGAGAUGGCUUUGAGGAGCAAUACGAGCCCACAUGCGAAGAUUUCCACAGAAAACUCUACCAAAUACGAGGAGAAACAUACCAGAUAGACAUACUGGACGCGUCCGGGGAGAGGAGCUUCCCCGCCAAGAGGAGACUCUCCAUUCUCACUGGUGAUAUAUUCCUGCUCGUCUUCAGUCUGGAUGACCGCAGCUCGUUUGAGGAGGUUCGCGCUCUGCACACCGAGAUUGUGGCUGCCAAAGCGGCUCUGCGUCGCUCAAAGCAGCCGCUCUGCGUGCCCACGGUGGUGUGCGCUAAUAAAGUAGACUUGCCGGCGGAGCAGCGCGCGGUGUCGCGGCCUGAGGUGCUGAGUGCGCUGGGCAGCUCCUGCGCGCUGUUCGAGACCUCCGCGAAGGACAGCGUCAAUCUGGAGCAGGUGUUCGAGGCGCUGGCGCAGCGCGGUGGGCUCCCGCUGGAGACCGGGCCCUCACAGCACCGGAAAGUGUCCAUCCGCUCUUACCAGGCGCUCCGAGCAGCGCGGCAGGCCGAGAAAGGAAGCAAAGCGCCGGCGUGUGAAGCUCCAUGCGGGGCGCUGUAUCCGCUGGCGCGACGGCCGAGCUUCGGCACAGACCUGCGGUUGGUUCUUGGACCCAAAGGCAACAGAAAACAGAGCAAAGCGCUGGACAAAUGCCAGAUCCAGUGAAACUUUACAGACUCAAAGAAACUGAAAACAAAAUACAGAUAUUUAUGUUUGCCAGAAAGCAACAAAAAACAACUUUAUUCAUCAUUUGAGCAUGGAUCAGAGUGUUUAUAUACUGAAAAUGCAGAUAUAACACCUUUAAUGCUAAAAAAAAAAAACUUGGGUUAAAUAUGGACAAAUUCAAAAUUGUUUUGUACUUCUAUUAUAUUUAUUUACACUUCUUUAACAGUGGUUGAGUUUGUCCAUACAAGGCCAAAUGUUGGGUCGGGGUUGGGGUUACCACCACCUUUUUUAGAGUAAAUGUUAUAUUAUAGAGUAGAAUUUUCAAUUUCAGCCCUGGCCUUAAAUGCAUGACGUUGCCUUUGAUCAUUAAAAAAAAUUCUGGGUCAAAUAUGGACACCCAAAAGUUGGGUUCAAUUUUAUUCAGUUAAAUUGAUUGAUUGAUUCAUUUUCUUUUCAGCUCAGUCCCUUUAUAAAUCUGGGGUUCCA